GCGCGCUACCACGCAUGCGCAUACAUUGGGUAUUUGAAGAACAGGAAACAAACCUUUCAACAGCGUAAAGAAACGUGAAAAUUGUGAACGCUGCCGAAACAUCAGAAUACAUCGGCAGAUAACAGAGAUAGAAACAGCAACGAAAAGUAGUUUUCAAGUGAAGUAAUAGUGCUGCUGAGAAACAAUUUGUUUGGCUAGCCUGGGUGCGAGGCAAGGGUUGUGUUUGAAUCUCCGACUCGAGGGAGGCGCCCUCCUUUUAGCUUGUGUAUGUUGAACAUUUUAUCUUUUUAACUUUUACACCUUUUGGGGAAUCUGCUUGAAGAUGGGGUGUACUCUGAGCACGGGUGAUAAGGCGGCGCAGGAGCGCAGUAAAAUAAUCGACAGGAAUUUACGGGACGACGGGGAAAAAGCAGCACGGGAAGUCAAGCUGCUUCUGCUCGGUGCUGGGGAGUCAGGGAAGAGUACCAUUGUCAAACAGAUGAAGAUCAUCCAUGAGGCGGGCUAUUCAGAGGAGGAGUGUAAGCAGUACAAGGCAGUGGUGUACAGCAACACCAUCCAGUCCAUCAUCGCCAUCAUCAGAGCCAUGGGGCGCCUCAAGAUAGACUUCGCUGAAGCAGCCAGAGCGGAUGAUGCUCGUCAGCUGUUUGUGCUGGCGGGAUCGGCAGAGGAGGGCUUCAUGACCGGUGAGCUGGCCGGAGUCAUCCAGCGCCUCUGGAAGGACGGGGGUGUCCAGGCCUGCUUCGGCCGCUCACGAGAGUACCAGCUCAACGACUCCGCCGCCUAUUAUCUGAAUGACCUGGACAGGAUAGCCCACGGAGCGUAUGUGCCCACGCAGCAAGACGUGCUGAGGACCAGGGUGAAGACCACCGGCAUCGUGGAGACUCAUUUCACCUUCAAAGACCUCCACUUCAAAAUGUUUGACGUGGGGGGUCAGAGGUCUGAGAGGAAGAAGUGGAUACACUGCUUUGAGGGAGUCACCGCCAUCAUCUUCUGUGUGGCGCUCAGUGACUACGACCUUGUGCUGGCCGAGGAUGAGGAGAUGAACCGAAUGCAUGAGAGCAUGAAGCUAUUUGACUCAAUCUGCAACAACAAGUGGUUCACAGACACCUCCAUCAUACUCUUCCUCAACAAGAAGGAUCUGUUUGAGGAGAAGAUCCAAAAGAGUCCUCUCACUAUCUGUUACCCGGAGUAUGCAGGCUCCAACACGUACGAGGAGGCAGCAGCCUACAUCCAGUGUCAGUUUGAGGACCUGAACAAGAGGAAGGACACCAAGGAGAUCUACACCCACUUCACUUGCGCCACCGACACCAAGAAUGUGCAGUUUGUCUUCGACGCAGUCACUGAUGUCAUCAUCAAGAACAACCUGAAGGACUGUGGCCUCUUCUAGGGCAGUGUGGUGGCCAGCGUGUGUUCAGUGACCAUUUUCUUUGGGAUGUCUGGCUGGAGGGGGUUGGAUCAUGGACACUUUGUAGAGAACUUCACUUUUAACCUCUUAACUUCAAACUCCGUUUUUAAAAUGCCAUGUAGAAAAAUGUUUGUGUAAAAUAUUUGUACAACUGUCACUAUGGCUGGAGAUUUUCACUGUUUUUAAGAUUUUGUUUUAACUGGUCAAGUUAUUUAAAGGAUGGAGGGGGGACUUUGCAUUUGUUUCUUCUAGGAAAGGAAUGGACCCAUUUUUCUGUUUAGGUACUUGCGCCUUUGCAUGCCUUAGUUCCAGUUUUUUGGGCUAGAUGGUAGAUGUUAUAAUUAAACCCCCCCUCCCCUCCAAAAAAAACAUCUCAAUAUUUUGUUUCUGUGACUGAUGGCUUCUGAGAAUUAGUGUCCAUGGAAAUAAUGAAAUAGACCAACUUGCUCUUGAUAGACCAAUUCACACUGACACUGUGAGCGUUGUAUGACUGUGUGAGUGCCUUUGCUGCAUCACUGUUUGCUUGUGUGAGUGCGUGCAGCUGUGUGACUUAGUGUGCAUGAAUGUGUGUGGACAUACAGAAUCAGUGAAGUUUUGACACCUACUCAUUCAAGGGGUUUUAUUUUAUUUUUACUAUAUUCUACAUUGUAGCAUAAUAGUGAUGACAUCAAAACAAUGAAAUAACAUAUGGAAUCAUGUAGUAACUAAAUGUGAAUCAAUCUAUUUAAAAAUGUUUGUUUCUUUGAAGUAGCUACCCUUUGCCUUGACAGCUUUGCAUUCUUUCAACUUGGUUCACCUGGUGUGCUUUUCCAACAGUCAUGAGUUCCCACAUGCUGGACACUUGUUGGCUGCUUUCAUUCACUCUGCGGUCCAACUCAUCCCAAACCAUCUCAUUUGGGUUGAGGUCAGGUGAUUGUGGAGGCCAGAUCAUCUGAUACAUCACUCGCCUUAGUUAAAUAUCCCUUACACAGCCUGGAGAUGUGUUGGGUCAUUGUCCUGUGGAAAAACAAAUGAUAGUACCACUAAGUGCAAACCAGAUGGGAUUGUGUAUUGCUGUGAUAGCCAUGAUGGUUAAGUGUGCCCUGAAUGAUAAAGCAAAGUCCUAUCACCCCACCACCUCAAUGCUUCAUGGUAGGACCCAUGCAUGCAGAGCUCAUCAGUUCACCAACUCUGUAUCUCACGAAGACACGGUGGUUGGAAAGCAAAAAUCUCAAAUUUGAACUCCACCGGUCUAAUGUCCAUUGCUCAUGUUUUUGGACCAAGCAAGUCUUUUCUUAUUGGUGUCGUCUUUAGUAGUAGUAGUAGAACAGUUGAUGUCUGUUACUUGAACUCUGAAGCAUUUAUUUGGGCUGCAAUUUCUGAGGCUGGUAACUCUGACUCUUCCUUUCCUGUUGCGGUCCUCAUGAGAGCCAGUUUCAUCACAGCGCUUGAUGGUUUUUGCGCCUGCACUUGAAGAAACAUUCAAAGUUCUUAAUUUUCUGCAUUGACUGACCAUGUAUGCUGUAAGAUAUUGAACUGUCGUUUCUCUUUGCUUAUUUGAGCUAUUCUUGCCAUAAUAUGGACUUGGUCGGACUAUCUUCUGUAUACCAACCCUAGUCACAACACAACUGAUUGUCUCCAACGCGUUAGGGAAAGAAAUUCCACAAAUCUACUUCUAACAAGGCACACCUGUUAAUUAAAAUGCAUUCCAGGUGACUACCUCAAGAAGCUGGUUGAGAGAAUGCCAAGAGUGCAAAGCUGUCAAGGCAAAGGGUGGCUGCUUUGAAGAAUCUCUAACUUUCUUCGUUACGACAUGAUUCCAUGUGUUAUUUCAUAGUUUUGAUGUCUUCACUUAUUCUACAGUGUAGGAAACAGUAAAAAUAAACCCUUGAAUUAGUAGGUAUCAACUUUUGACUUGUACUGUAAGUACAAAGGGACUUUCUUACUUUUACUUGUCAUCCUCUCUGUCUGGUUUCUGGAAAAGUGACCAAAAAGGCAACUUAAAAUGUAAUUUGACGUCACAUCGUUGAGGUGAUGUUGUGGGCGGUAACAUUCCUACACCAAAUCAUUUUAAAGAAACUUUGAAAAGAGGAUGACAACUACAGCAUUGUAGCAGACAGGAUCAUAGAUAUAAAGUGCAAAGGGAGGUGGAUGGGUGGGAGUGCACUGUUAUGAUGACAAAGACGAUAUGAUUCGUAAUGGUUUCAGGUUACAUAUCUGCCCCCACCCCUCAGUUUCCAUUGGAUGGGGACGUUAGUGAACUAAUUUCCAUAAUUUUGCUAAUAAAUAGUUGCUGUGGUGAAACCACAGCAUCCUUCACAAUGAU